GUGACCCUGCCGGCGCGGGCAGCCCCGAGCAGCAGAGGAACUCCAGCAGCAGCCAGCGCAGAGCCCAGCCCGUGCGGAGCUACCACCAUGCCCAAGUGCCCCCGUUGCCAGAAGGAGGUCUACUUCGCUGAGAAGGUUACCUCCCUGGGGAAAGACUGGCACCGACCAUGCUUGAAGUGUGAGAAAUGCAACAAGACCCUGACUUCAGGUGGCCAUGCUGAGCAUGAUGGGAAGCCCUAUUGCAACCAGCCGUGCUAUGCUGCUUUGUUUGGACCCAAAGGAUUUGGCCGGGGCGGUACCGAGAGUCACACAUUCAAGUAAACCUCAGGGCUGGAUGGAGAGGAUUCCCGGUGGAGCCUGAGGACAGCACAAGCACCAUGACAAAUGCAUUUUUAAUUCACUAUGUAAUUAACUAGCACAUUAAAAGUAAUAAAUUACCUAGAGGAAUUUAGCUGGC